UAAUUGUUUAUUUUGUUUUUGUGUUGUGUGUUGGCAACUCGCCGGUCGCCAAAUUUCCUACAGUACUUAAAGGGUUCACCCGUUUCUCUCAAUGGGUCGCUUUGAUUCGGAGUUUUAUAAAGCAGGAUUUAGAGUUCAAUUCGUGAGCAAAUAAACACCUUUGACAUUAAACUGAAAAAUAUACUGUAGGUCCCAUUAAUCGAUCAAUUCUGAUCCCUGUCGCGACACCCCCACCCUUAAGUGUAAUGGUACAUUCCACAGAACCAAAACAAAAAAAAUGGCACAUGAGAUGCAGAAGUAGGCUAACGAAGGCGAAACGAGGCGUCUGCAUUUGUAUUUGACACAAACGAAACCUCUGUGGAGCUUGAAUAAAACGUCCCACUACCAAGUGAGACAUGGCGACACACAUACUAAGCCUACUUUCACGAAUAAGAACCCCGCUACUGUUCGUCGAGGGUCCCGUGUCCCGUGUGGCUGCCACCGGUGUCAGGUUCAAACAUAUUAUUUUAACUCCUGGAAGUUUCGAGCUGGGACCCAAGCCAGCGACAAGUCCCGUCCCCGGCUAUAUUAACACUGCGAACUUUACAACCACCACAGCAACCCGCUGGAAGUCCACCCGCGAGAAUUGUUUCUCUUGUCCACCAGGGAAGCGUGUUAGGUUGGCCACUGUCAUUGGCACCGGCGUGCUGACAGCGGCUCUCCAUACUGGGACGAUGGCAGCCGUGAAUUUUGACCUGAACUCCACUGAGGGCGACUGGAAGGAGAUCAAGGAAUUCCUCCUGUCUCAGCCUGUGGAGGUUCGACGCAAAUACUACAAGACUGACUCUGUACGACUGGAUGAUAUCCCAGCUUGGACUCACGCUGGAGAUUGUCCUGAAGUGAGUCACUAUCCCAGGAAUCAAAAGCUUGAUGGGAAAAUCUCGGUCUACAGCGGCAACAUCACAGUACUGGAGGUAGAUGCCCUUGUCAACGCAGCCAACCAGACUCUGCUGGGAGGAGGCGGAGUGGACGGGGCCAUCCACCGAGCUGCAGGGCCCCUCUUAAAGAAAGAGUGCGCGUCGCUCCACGGCUGCCAGACCGGACAAGCCAAGGUCACCUGCGGCUACGGCCUCCCUGCCAAGUAUGUGAUCCACACAGUAGGGCCGAUAGCGCAAGGCGGCGUUGGAGAAGCGGAGAAGAGCGCUCUGAGGUCGUGCUACAUCAACAGCCUGCGGAAGGCGACGGAGAACAACGCACGCUCUGUGGCCUUCCCGUGCAUCUCCACUGGCAUCUACGGGUAUCCACCUGAGCAGGCUGUGCAUGAGGCCUUGACAACCGUCAGGGAGUAUCUGGAAGAACACCACGACAAGCUGGACAGAGUUAUCUUCUGUGUAUUUUUGCCAAAAGACCAGGAGUUGUAUCUGCAGAACCUGCCUCUGUACUUUCCUGUUGCCCGCUGAGUCUUAACGGCAGCUUCGAUUCAGGACCCACAGCGACCCCCUUGAUGAGCAAACUGUGAGAGCGGCUAUUUCAACCUCCAGCUUUCUGCUUUUUCCUCACAUUUGACCUUAAGAAGAGAGAAUUCACCACGGUGGUGUUUGUCACCAUCGGCAUUAGCACGCACUCGUCUUUACUUCAGUAGAUCAAUAGUAGGAUGGCAGUGUGUGUGCGCAAACACACACGCCAGCUUAUUAAAGCUAAUCACAC